AUGGCAAUGGUCAACUUGCUGCUAGAACAUGGAGCGAUUCUGCUGGACAAAUACGAAUAUAAAUUUGAUAUCGCGUUUUCUCUUUCAGUUGCGCCAAAUCACAUGAUGUGUAAGUUUCUCAACGAGAAGGGCAUCAAUGAUUGGCACUGCAAAGCUAGUGGGCAUUUCUGGGGACAUUUUAUACCUGGAAUAAGCACAGCGCAGAUAAUAUAUUACAAUACUCCGGAGAAAAGGGAGUGGCACUUUGAAAUAGACAAUGUGACACCUUUGCAUGAUGCAUCUAUGCAUGGCACCAAAGAGACUAUACUGUAUGCCCUAGAUUUUGGGAACCAAUUGCAUGUCAAUAUUACUGCGGAUUUUGGCAUUACUCCACUAUUCUUUGCGAUCUAUGGCAAAAGGCCUGAAAUCACUGAAUUGCUUCUAUCGAAAGGUGCCGCAACUAAGGUCAUCUACGGCCCUCGGAAGCUGACACCGCUACAUCUUGCUAUUGCAGGAGGCAAUGAACUAAUUGUCGAAACUAUUCUUCAAUAUGGAGCGGAUGUUCAGGCUCGUGAUAGUACAGGGCUCACUCCGGCUACGCUUGCUUUGGAUCUCAAGUAUGAAGUAACAUUUGAGCCCAUUUGUCUAGAUGACAAUAGAUCGGGCACAGAUACUGAUAAAGUGGACGGUAAUAAAUAUGUAUCUGUUGCAAUUGAAGAUGCUAUAAUCCGUCAGGACCUUUCGACUCUGAAAUAUCUACUUCAAAAUGGUGACAGCAUUGAAGGGGCUUGUUUCUGCGGGUGCAGUCCAUUGCUCAAAGCUUUCGUGAGAAGCUCUUCCAGAGAAAUAAUUCAUUAUCUGUUAGAUAAUAGAGCUUCGUUAAGUGGAGUAGUGACUUGUACAGAACAACUACCUACUUCUGGAUUUACACCCCUUCACUAUGCCGCAUUGUUGGGAGACGAACAAAUUAUGGAAAAGAUUCUCACACUAGGAAAGCCGACUCCUCAACAGAAGGUCCAUCCUUUACAUGUUGCAGCAUAUAACGGUCACUCUGAGUGUGUUAGGUUGCUCUUGAGUUAUGAACUGGGGAAUAAAUGUGGAAUCGAUAUGAAAAGCUGCGUUACUAGUCCUCGAUGCUUCGAGGAGGCGCAGAUUGUGAGCAAUAGAGGUCAGAUUGUCAAGGACAUCGGCGGGACAGCUUUGCAUCAUGCUUCUUUUCAAGGCCGCCUGAAUACUAUGGAGGAACUCUUGGAAGCAGGAGCAGAUCUCAGUGCUCAAAACAGCCGGGAACAAACACCUCUACAUGUUGCCGCAGAGGACGGUCGAUAUCAAGCAUGCCAAGUCCUGAUCUCUGCUGGAGCCAGCGUGUUAUCUCGUGAUCAUAAAAACCUCUCCCCAACUCACUACGCGAUACAGAACGGGUACUAUCAUAUUGUGGAGAUUAUGAUAAAACAACCAUCCAGCUCCGAUAUUCUUUUUGAAAAUGGAAGUGAUUUACUGGACUAUGCCUGCAUCUAUGGCAAUGCAGAGACAAUAGAAAUACUGACUGCUGCUGGGAUGAACAUUAAUUCAACCGACAAUGAUGAGUGGCCGGCAUUUUUUUCAGCUAUGUUUAACCGGACUUUGACUGAAGAAUUCCAAAUAAAGCUACUAGCGAACGUAGAUAAUCUUUACCAAACCCUUGGGGCGGAAAGUUUACUCACGAUUCUUUGCAGAGAAUCCCUGCUUCUGGUAGUCAGAGAUUUAUAUGGUACAGCUCUAUACCGUACAGCAAUAGUGUCUCGAGAGCAAAAUUUAAAAAUAGCAGAGCUGCUCAUAGACCAUGGGGCUGAGCUUGAAAUCAUUAAACCGUCGCACGGCACACCUCUGAUGGGUGCGUGUUACUAUGGUUGUUAUGACAUGGUUGCGCUGCUUCUCAAAAAAGGGGCAAGAACCACAUGCAACAAACAUGAUGGGACACAAAUGACUGCAAACUUUGAGGAGAAAGGCAUUGAAGCCUUGAAUGAGCCCAGGCCAGCGCGGCUUGCAAAUAUGGUGAGGGUUGAGGAGUGUAUGAAUAGGAUUUCGGAAGAGGAGGAACAAGAAGAAGAUCAGGAGAAGGAGAAAAAGAGAAACGAAGAAGGGGAGAGCGAAGAAAUUAAGGAGGAAGGGUGCGAAGAAAAGUGA